AUGGCUAACGAAAUUAUUGACACAACUGAAACAACAAGCAUCUCAUCUGAAGACGAAUUUGAAAAAGGAAUUCUUUAUUCGUCACCUGAAUAUAAAUACCAAGACAAUUGUAUGAUCGAACAUGAUUGGUCUUCAUCUGAUGAUGAUAGUGAUAAUGAUACAGAUGACAAAGAAAUAACUUAUCAUCAUAAAGAAACGUCAGAUGAGAAGAAGAUUCAUUGGCAAGAUGGCGUUUAUCUCCCUCAAGAUGUAUAUUCACAAUAUAUGACCCGAUUCGAACGUCGACAAGCAUGUUACUACCACGAGCAACUCCAAGAAGUUCGACAACAAUUAAGAAAUGAAAAUCUUAUUUUACCACCCAUUUAUAAAGAUAUUGGAUAUCAUAUGGAACCUGUUAACACUUUUCAUCAUAAAGUCAAUCAAUUCAUGAACCAAACAAAUAGCUAUUCAUUUGUUUUUAAACUCAGUCGUUCAUAUCCAACUGCUAGCCAAAAUCAUUUAGCUAAAAUGGUUGAACGAAUUGAAACAACAUUGAACAAUUUAUUAACUUCUAAAUCUAUUAAUGAAACACAAUAUAUGGCUAUGAAGAUUGAUCGAUCUACAGUACGAAUGAAUUAUUUAUACUUCGUAUCAGACACACAUAAAGAAGAUAUUCCAGUUCAACCAAUCAUCGUAUGUAAUAAUGGACCGACGAAUAGUAUUAGUCGUUAUCUUGGUCGUCUUCUUGGAUUACUUUUUAAUGAUGCAACUCAUUGUAAAAAAUUUCACAAAGCUUACAAUGUUAUACAUGCGCUGAACUUCUAUCAAAAAAGUGGUCAACUUCGACCAACAACUUUAUUUGUUUCAUUUAAUAUCGAUGAUUUAUGUUUAAAAUUUUCACAUCAACAAGUUAUCAAUGCUUUAGAAAAUUUCCUAAAUUUCUACAUCUCUUCCGAUCAUUCUAUUCAAGGUAUGAAAAUAAGUACCAUUCUUGAACUUGUUCGUCUCGUACUCGAUGAACAAUAUUUUUUUUAUAAUUAUAAAUUAUAUCGACAAACGGCUGGUUGUGCUUCUGGCUCAUCAUUAACAAUUCCAUUGGUCUAUAUUUAUUUAUAUUAUUGGCAACGAGAUUUAUUAGAAGAACUUAUUAAUAAGAAUGAACUCUUCAUCAGAUAUCAAGAUGAAGCAUUCAUUACAUGGAAUAGAUCGGAAGAUGAACUUCGUACUAUACUUGCGACAGCUAAUUCACAAUUUCCACAAUCCAUGUGGAAUAUAACUCAUAUUGGAUCAACCAUUGAUUUUCGUGAUCUCCACAUUAGUAACCAAAAUGGAGUUUUUCGUACAUCAAUUUACCAUGCACACAUGUACAACAACAAACAAUUAUUCACAACAUUUCCAGAUAUUAUACAACCUCCAAUAAAACAAAAUACAUGGAAAUGGUUGCGUGCUGCAAUGUUAAAAGCUAUACGAUAUUGUUCAACACCUGAUACUUUCCACGAGGAAAUGCUUGCCAUCCAAUGGGAACUUCAAUUCUAUAAAAUACCUGAUACUGUCUUCCAAGAAGCCCAUAACGAAAUUUUAGAAGAUUUUGGUCAUCAUUAG